AUGUCCGCAGCCAGCGUUCCCACUGUCGACUCUGCAAUACGUGUCGUCGUCACUCCAGCGCAAUCGUCGUACUUUGCUGGAGAGCCAUUUUCUGUUAAAAUCACAUUUACAAACACCCGAACACCAGAGUCGCCUGAACGGUCGCCUUCUACUUCGCGAACGCAUAAGCGUGGUGCUCAUUCCAUUAGCUCUGCCCCACUAGCGAGACCUCCAACUUCGCCUGGUCUCCCUCGAACGGUUGUUCCUCGACCGUUGGCUCGCAGUUUGAGUAACGAUGGAGAUAAGCCAGCAAGGAAAGGGCUUAUUGGGCGGGAUUAUACGCAAAGAAAUGGUGCUGGAACGCCAGAUCUAUUAGAGGAAAAGAGGCAGAUGUUAUUAGCGAAGACGAGGUCUCUCUCGGUGGAUAUUCCAUCCCAUGAACUCGGGAAGCAAAAAGCAGGGGAGGCCGAAGAUAGCAAGCCAGUAUAUGUGCGAGCAUAUGAUGAGUUUUCGCCAGCCAGCGCCAACCCUACCCUUGUGCCCUCUCCUUCAGUUUUGGCGCGUACACCUGGCCUUUCACUGUCAUCCAAACACCCCCAUGCACGAAAACAAUCAGUAUUUGAUGGCCAAAUAUCGUUUCAGGACUCACAAAAACCUUUGCCAAACUCACCAUCUCUCCCGAGUACAUCUAGUGCAUCCAAUUCAGCCUUUUCGCUUACAUUGGAUCCCAUUGCAGAGACUGCACAGUCUCCAUAUCCUGCAUCGCCUUUACCAGGAUCGCCUCCUCUCCCUCUUACCGACACUCUCGAAAUCCAAUCAUCAUUGAAAACUGACUCACAUUCUUAUCCUCCACGCCCUUCCCAAAACCCCAUAGCCCGUCGCCCAUCGCAAGUCGGUCUAGGUCACGGCGCUCCACCUGCAUCACUGCAUACACAUGUAACACCUCGGACUGCAUUCUCAUCCACAUUUCCUCGAGCAAAUACAGAAUUGAUACUUUACUCAUACGUGCAGCUUGUUGGCACACUUUCCGUCUCACCUUUACCUGGAGUGAUAAUGUCGCCAGAGCAAACCCACACACUGAAAGCUCUUCGCACGAGUUUGCUAAAACGCCCGGUAGUGGGGGGCGGUAGCAUGGAUAUCAGCUCGUCGUUGCAUUCACGUCCACAAAUAGUGGGUCGCAGAAAAUCCCACAGUCGCUCUUCGUCGCUAUCCAGCAGCAUUUUCUCUCUACUGUCGCCCUCAUCUUAUGCAAACUCAUCAUCAACUUCCCUCCCCGCAUCUCAAACAUGGUCUCCCGCAAAUCGUACACGUCCAUCGCAAUCAGUAUCUUCACUCGGGUCUGGGUUCCAAGCACAAGCUGGCAUUGGCUUGGGAUUGGUGAACGGGGGUCUAGAAGAAGAUAUCGACCCUGAAACUCCUCUACCUACAUUCGAAGUGCAACCUGCGAUGCUGGCCGUUGACUUGUCUCUCGCACCGGGAGAGUCUCGUAGCUAUACCUAUACAAUCAAUCUACCAGAGAACCUCCCACCGACCUUCAAAGGCCGGUCGUUGAAGUUCUCGUACGAGUUAAUCGUGGGUACUUGCCGUGCAGGUUCAUCUCCUCAAUCUUCCAGUAAUCUGGGUCCAACGGGUGCAAAUGGCAUCAGCAGGAUCAUGAAAGUUCCUAUUCGACUAUACAAUAAUGUCACAGUUGGCAAGCCACAGAUGCCAUACGACUUACUCUGGCCUGUUGCUAAAAGGCGCGAUCCACUCUCCGUAGUAGCACCUAAAGUUAUUGAGGAUUUGUCGAGUAUAUCGAAAGGACCAAGAAAAUCGUCACCGACCUCCCAAAACACGGGUUGUGGGACGCUCGACGACUUGCGAGAAUACGGAAAGCGUCUGCUUUCUACGUUCCCUGAUUCGGAGAAUUCACAAAAUAAAGCCAGUUCGAACCCUGAUUUGAUACCGCCUGUGCUUAACGAUAUUGAACGAGACCUUGAGAGGGAAAGAGAGGGAGGGGCAUUGACAGGAUGUAGUGAGGGUGUGGAGAUCAUGACUAGAAAUUCUAAGAAAGUUUCGUACGACGUCAACAAAGACGGAGUGAAAGUGGCUGUUCUAACUUUCACCAAAUCUGCUUAUAGGCUAGGCGAAACAGUCUUGGGUGUGGUGGAGCUCAAUGAUCGGUCAAGUCGUGCUCGAGUACUAUCGCUGUCUGCGAUAUUGGAAGCCCAAGAAUCACUACCUUCUUCCAUUUCAGCUGGUGGUUCACGACACAUGCGUCGAGUGCACGCAGAGCACUAUUCGUCCUUUGUGGCAUCCACAUUACGGACUACAUUCUCAUUGGAUAUCCCAUCAGAUGCCAGUCCCGCGUUCCAGGUUAAAAUUGGGGGUACCCCUUCGCAGACAUCUGGAUCGACCGGUGGCCUGGAAUGGAGAGUCCGGCUAUGUCUGUUGGUAUCGGUUGCUGCAGAAACGUCGCAUAUGGGGCCUGACGGUGCAAGGCUCAAACAGCUUGUGAGGGAUGGACCUAAGGGGGAAUGGGGUACGUCUUGGAAGGCAUCUGCGACUAUCGCACCCUUCGAACGGCCACAGCCAGAUACCAAUGACACUAAGCAACAACCAACUACCUGGACACAGUAUUUUGUCUCGUCAUUCCUUGGUACGGGUGAAAGAGAAUACCACGAUGGAGACGAAGAUCCUGAUGAGGAGCAAGCGUGGAAAGUAGCAAGAGACGAGGAAGCGGAUUGGAAGGAAGUAAAGGUGGAGACUGUGGAGUGCGAGGUUCCUAUAAGUGUGUGGCCCGGUAAUACAGCAUUCAAAGCCAUGGACGUGGUCUUUGACGUGUAG